AUGCGAGCUGGAGAUGUUUUCACGGAGAAUAUUCAACCGUUCCUGACUCUGCAACUGAAUGUCGACAAAGUGAAGACGAUCAAAGAAGCUUUGGAGACACUUGUGAAUAAGGAGCAGCUGGAAGGAUUGACUUCUCCUAACACAAAUGAAGUGGUACAGGCGUGGCAGCAAUUGAUGUUGGAUGUGCUGCCAGUCAUUCUCAUUCUGCAUCUGAAAUUCUUUGAUUUCAAGCCAGAUGGCUGUACGAAAAUCAUCAAGGCGUUGGAAUUCCCUGUCGACCUGGAAAUCGAAUCGAGGUUGUUAUCUUCAGUCACAAACGCCCGAAGGAAGACAGUAUAUGUUGUUUGCCGUGGUCUACCACGUCGGCCAUAA